AUGAGGUUCGAUGAUGAUAGUGACGGGAAUGAUGAUGGUAAUGAGCACGGCCGGCGGCGGCAGAGGAGGAGACAGAGAAGGGAGGAGGAAGCGGUGAUGAUGAGAGAGAGGGAGUGGGUCAAAGCUGUUCCUUUAAUAGAGGCUAGGCAAAAUGAAGUGAUAGACUUUAUCAAGGAAUAUAUAAUCCAUCAAUUUGGGAUUCCCCAAACUUUAAGUACCGACCAGGGAACUAUGUUUACUGGUCAACGUAUUAAGAAUUUUGCAGCUUCGAGAAAUAUUAAUAUGGUUACUUCAACUCUAUAUUAUGCACAAGCUAAUGGGCAAGUUGAGGCAGCAAAUAAAAUAUUGAUCAAUUUAAUUAAGAAGCAAAUUGGUCGUAAACCUCGAACUUGUCAUGAAACUUUGAGUCAAGUAUUGUGGGCCUACCGAAAUUCACCAAGAGGUUCGACAGGUAUCUCUCCUUAUAAGUUAGUAUAUGGUCAUGAUGUAGUUUUGCCUUUGAAAAUUAAUCGUAAUACGUUAAGGAUAUUAAGGCAAGAUGAUUUGCCAAUCGAAUAUUUUUGGAACACAAUGUAUGAUGAAUUGAGUGAUUUAAGUCAAGAACGCGUACUAGCUCUUGAGAAUAUGGUUCGUCAAAAGGAUAACAUUGCUCAAAAUUAUAAUCGUCGAAUAAAAGAAAGGUGUUUUAGUAUGGGAGAAUUGGUGUUAAAGCGAAUUAAGGAUAUCGAUUCAGGAAACGUGAUUAAGUUAAUAAAUGAAAAAUACUUGAAACAGUAUCGAUGCAUGAAAGAUCAAGAUUAA